CCAUAAUCGUGCAUGCGCAAGAACAGCUGCGUACGUCCACUUGGCGGGACCGAGACUUGGCAGGCAGGCCCAGAUACCUCUUGAAGUUUGGAAGAUCAUGUCUAGAAGGAGUAUUCGCUUACUGAGGAAUAGAAAAACGAAAGAAGUCCCAGAAGAAAAGGAAAUCUUCGGACAGAAGAGGAAAGUGGAAGAGGUGGAUGAGGACUCUGACAGAGAAAUGCAGGUGAACAAAAGAAGGCAGCAGUUUCAGAUACAGAACCAAUGGGUCCCCAUCUCACAGGAUACAAAAGUGAUCACAAGUACCCUAGUCCCCACACGGCCCUCAGGACACCCCCUACAAGAAGGGGAAGGACACGAGAGAUUAACCCCACCAGACCAGAUGACGGGGGGCACAAGAUGGAGGUUUCAGAAUCUUUUCACAACACCAAUGUCACUAAGGCCGUCUCCUUUACCUAAAAUAAACUGGGCAGAUCACGAGGAUGUUUGGACAAUUAUGCUUAAAAAAGACUUGAUUUAUGCAAAUUCUAGAAAGCAUGAUGCCUUGAAUAGGCACCCAACUCUACAGUCCAAAAUGAGGGCCAUUUUACUAGAUUGGUUAAUAGAGGUUUGUGAAGUAUAUCGGCUACACAGAGAAACCUUCUACCUGUCUCUUGACUUCUUGGAUAGAUAUCUCACAGUGCAAACCAAUGUACAGAAACACCAGUUACAGCUACUAGGAAUAACAUGUUUGUUCAUAGCAGCAAAACUAGAGGAAAUCUACCCACCAAAAUUGUCAGAGUUUGCCUAUGUUACUGAUGGUGCUUGUACAGAAAAUCAAAUUUUAUGUAUGGAAUUAGUGGUUCUCAAGGCCCUGAACUGGGAUCUUGCCCCCAUGACAGUCAUCUCUUGGCUCAAUGUGUACAUGCAGCUCAUUGACAUCACAAACAGCAAGAAAGACUUCAUCCUGCCACAAUACUCAGCACACUACUUUGUGCAGAUAGCCAGGUUGUUAGAUCUGUGUAUGUUGGAUACAGGGUGUCUACAAUUCUCAUACAGUGUCAUAGCAGCCUCCGCUCUGUACCACAUGUCAUCAGAUGCCAUCGCAUUUAGAGUAUCAUCAUUCAAGUGGCUGGAUAUUGGUGCAUGCUCACAGUGGAUGGCAGCGUUUGCGCGUACUGUGCGUGAAGAGGGGCUAGUGGAACAAAAGUUCUUUCCAAAUGUUUUACACGAGGAAGCUCACAAUGUACAGACACAUUCUGUUGACCUCAAGAUGCUGGAAAGAGCACAAGAGCUUCAGCUAGAGAUAGAGCUUUCCUCACGAGCCAGUCCUGAUUUGCAACGACAGAGUCACGAGAUCACCAUGUUAACUCCUCCCUCUAGCAGUCGAAAGAGCCACCAAGAUCUGCAAUCAUAGGAUCAACUUGUCAUAUUCAUCUAGCCAUUUUACAGCAACACUUGGAGAGAAGAAAAGAAAGUAAGACUACAAUUGACAAGGUGCAAAAAGGCCAAGAAGAGGAGUAGGAUUUCUGUCACCGUGUUACAGACAACUACGGUUGGAUCAACAGCAAAGCUUGUUUCGGUGAAAAGAGCAAAGAUGGAGAGGUUUUUCUUUGGAUGUGAAGAAUAGUCUUCUUACAAGAAGUCUUCUUUUAUGUAAGGUUUCUUUUAUAGACAAUUUUAGCCAAAAUGAAGAUUCAGUAGUUGACCAAGAUUCAGCCAAGAUUUAAAGGGCCAUACAAUGAAACUUAGCACCCAUGUCUUAUAAUGAUUUGAUUAAGAUAUUAAAAUUGCACAAUCAUUAGUUGAUCAUAAAGUGAACAUCUUUUCUGCAUUUUAUAUUGUUCCUUGAUAUUUUACUAAUGCUGUGCAUUAAUUUAUUCAGUUGCUAAGUUGUUAAAUAAUUGGAAGCUUUGGUUUUUUUAUUAUCACAAACAUACACUGAACAUUUUACAUUUUGCAUUUUUGCAUUGUGUUAGACUCCUUAUUUGAAGUCUCAGCAGCAGAGUAGAGCUCAAAUAUGUGUUAAUUUCAUAUUAUUUAUUUUGGAUUUAUUCCAUGUUAUUGGCACUAUUGAUUUCAUCUUUUAAAUAUUUACUGAAUUUAGUUCUUAAGUCACAGCAAAUUUCAGUAAAAAAUGUUUUUAAAAACUUUCAAAUUUUUUAAUAACAUUGGUUUGUUUUGCAUUUAUGUUGCACAUGGGUUGGUCGAGCAUUUGACUGUGAUAGAUAUUGCAAAGAAGUGUGGUGUAAGUUUGAAAUACUUGAUGAUUCAUCGAAGAUUUAACAAAGCUUGUAGAUUGAAAUGGGUUAUUCAGACUAGGGAAGAUUGCAUGGGAGUAUCAAACUGUGAGAAAGUGCAUGUGAUUUUGAAUUAGUUGAAUUAGUUCCUUUUCAGCAAUGCACUAUUGGACUUGGUUUGACAGGUAGAACUUUGAAUUUGUGAUAUGCUUCAAAAGUAUGUUUUUGGAAAUUUUUAUAUAGUUUAAACAAGUAGCACAAGUUUCAAGGUUUGACUGAGGUUGGAGAGGACACUAAGUGGCCCGUGUCUUCAAUCUUGGGCAUCUUUUUAAGCUGUGGUUGAUUUUAGUGAUAAAGCUGCAUGGUGUCAUGAAGCACUUUUUCCCCCCUUAUUUACAGACCUGUUUAAGUUUCAUGCGCCAUGCCCUGUGCAUAAAUACCACCAGUCAAGUGUUCAGGUGCAGAUAAAGAGUCAUUUGAGAAAUGCACUGUUUCAAUGUAAUUAUGAGAAUUUUGCAAUCUAAAUACAUGUACUUGUAAUUACACGUAAAUAAGAGCCAGCUUCCGUUUUAAAAAUGGGUAGUUUUAAAAAUGGGCAGUGUUUGCCAGCUGGAGGUGAGGCUUUCAGCUGACUGCUAAUCUUCCCAUUUAAAUAUGAUUCAAUGAAAAAGCAGGGUGCUUUUGUGUAGUCAUGUACAAUCAUAAUAUGUCACUUUUUUAA